AUGGCGUGGCUGUUCUCUGCAUCAUCAGUUGAAACCAUGGGUUGGCGUGAUUCAUGUCGAGACUGGCGAGUCUCUCAUCUAGGGUUGGGGCGAAAAGUCUGUAUAUUCAUUCAUUUGUCCUGUCACGCAAAGCUUCACGCGAAACUUUGCCUCAAGCGUCUGUUAAGAAACAAAGUCCUCCCCAAGCCACCUAGUGCGAAGGGCAAGGAGAAGGAAAACUCGCAGCAGCAGACUGGAGGAGGGCAUCCCGUCGUCAUCGUCGACGAAUCUGACGAAGAAACCGAUUCUGGCGAGGACGAAUGGACAUCUUGUGACGAUGAUAGCGCUGAAAUCGAGGCCGUUACUGCGAGUAAUCUCAUGUGGGAUACUUUGAUCUAUUCUCAACCCUCCCCAAAAUAUCCGACAUCCACCUUCCAAUACCACUACGAAGCCCCGACACCCUCGUCAACAACACCGCCUCCCCCGGACGCUGCUAAGCUGCAAGAUGCAGUAUUAGAAGCGGCGCGGCGGCGCGAUAUGGUCACCGAAGAGCGCUUGAGAGCCAAUUUUGGAAGAGCGAUCCAUCUAUCUCCGCCUUCGUCACCGCCUAUACCAACACCCGCAAAGGACCUUCCCACCGUUGCGGAAUAUGCACCGCUAGGAUUUCCAUACAAUUUACUCAUCGCUGCUAUACCUUCGACCCCACGGACGACGAAGCAGAACAUACUCAGGACGGAGAUGUUUGAGAGCAUUUGGCAGAGCCAUCUGUGGUCUCGAUAUAUCCACAAGCAAAGUGUAAGGGGUCCCCGGAGAAAGAGUAGUCCGUCACUGCCUGAUCGUGAGCCUAUCGCAACGAUUAAUCCUGUCGUCCAUCUGACGAAGCGGACGGACGGACGGCACUCUGGUGGCGCUGAUGCUGAGCGAGAAGCAGUGCGGAGGGAGCUUCAGCGGGUACAUCUAACACAGAACAAGACGUAUUGUGCAUCGUGGGACGGAAUCAUGCUCGAUUAUGAAACCAGUUUGUACGCAACAUUGGAAGAUGAUGCAACUGACGGUCUGCUUUACGGAGGUACAAGGAGUUACGUUGUCUAG